AUGGCACGGCUAUUAGGUUGUAAUGUUGAUGCUUCAAAUUUACAAACAGCUUUUACAGUAGAAUACGCAGAUAAAGAAAAGGAUGAUAUACCUAUUUUCAUGGAUCCUGCACAUAUGAUUAAGCUAAUAAGAAAUGCUUUUGGCGAAAAACAAAUAUUGCAACAUGAAAACAGAUUCAUCAAAUUUGAUUUUAUCGAACGUUUAUUUUUAUUACAGGAAAAAGAAGGAUGUCAUCUCGCAAAUAAAUUGAGAAAACAGCAUAUUUGUUUUCUUAAGCAAAAGAUGAAAGUAAAAUUGGCCACUCAAUUAUUGAGUAAAUCAGUGACAGAUGCGCUAAAAUUUUGUAAGCACAAGUUAAAUAUUCCAGAAUUUGAUGAA